AUGGAGCAGCCUACUACCAUCCCCGAUUCUACAGAGUCCAGACCUCGCCUGGGUCUGAUGAGCCUACCGGCAGAGCUUCAUACCCAGAUUGCCUCGUAUCUCUCUUACCCAGACGCUCUGGCACUAAAGCAUACCAGCUUCCACUUCAAUACCCUGAUCUACACCGGCGUUCACUUGAAAGUAGACUGGCUCGUCGAACGCUUUGAGCGCAAGCUCGAAUGCCCUAUGGAAAAGUGCUCCUUUCGCACAGAUGAACAAUUUUGCAACUGGCGUAUCCGCCGAAUCAUGGAGCGCCGCCGACGACACCUAGAAUGCCGCCAGACCCCAGGCGGUUGCUGUGUCGUGGAUGGUCAAACAUGUCGCAAGGUCUUGAUACCUUGGCUCAAGGGUUCAGGCCCAAGGAAGGUGACCAAGAUGUUGUGGGUAUUGGGACGUGAAGAGUCUCGAGGACCCGCCUCUCCCCAGAAGAUCGAGGAGCUGGCGAAGUUUAUCGCAGAGAUCAAAUUUGGCAUGUUGACGACCCAUCAGUCAGAGGGAGAAUACCUGGCUUCGCGAUGCAUGGCCCUAGCCGCCCAGGAGCACGGCGGUAUUGAUCUUAUUUUCCACACCAAUCUAUUUUCGGGAAAGACUAUGGACCUUACUGCUCACCCUAAGGAAGUCAACAUGUCCUUCUUGGACCCUGUCUCCGGCGCCUGGGCCUCUAUCUCCGGUACAGCCACCGUUAUCCCAGACCCAGAAUCUGUGAAGAAAUACUACUCACCGGCCUUGAAGGCAUGGAUCGGUGAUAUGGGCGAUGGCGUGCAUGAUGGUGGCCCCUCAGACCCUCGUAUUGGUGUUAUCAAGCUGGAGGCCAAGCUUGCGACGCACGUUGCCUCCAAGAAGGGAAUACUCGGCCGCGCUGUCGACACGGUGAAGGGCGCUGUUCAGGGUAAUGUCCCCGAUAUUAACAGCAUUCGGGAAUUGUCAGCGGAGGAGUUGGCUGAGUGGCGCCGGACACAUGCGUCUUCUUAA